CUUCCAUUUAUACUGCGAUCAUGGCUCGGGACCCUACCGUGGAGGUUCCUCCUCCAGAGGUACAUCAUUAUAAUGAUCUUGGCGAGGUGCCGUGGGAUAUUCAGAACUACUGGGCGCAACGCUACAAGAUCUUCUCCAAGUAUGAUGAGGGAGUCUGGUUGACAGAUGAUGCCUGGUUUGGUGUAACACCUGAGCCAGUGGCAAACAAAAUCGCAGAACAUAUGGCCCAGUCCGCCCCCGCAGGACGCAGCAUCCUGGUAGAUGCAUUCGCCGGCGCGGGCGGCAACUCCAUCGCUUUCGCGCUGUCCGGUAGAUGGAAGCGCGUCUACGCUAUCGAGAAGAAUCCCGCUGUCCUGCAGUGCGCUAAACACAACGCCAAGAUUUACGGCGUCGCGGACAAGAUCACCUGGUUUGAGGGUGAUUGUUUCGAAAUUAUCAAGAAUCAGCUGAAGGAUCUAGCACCGUAUAGUGUCUUGUUUGCUAGUCCGCCAUGGGGAGGCCCCGGGUAUCGCUCUGACACGGUGUUCAACCUGAGUACUAUGGAGCCGUACUCCCUCGCAAAACUAUACAAAGAGUACUCCAUGUUUACAGAACACAUGGUUCUGUAUCUUCCUCGGACAUCGGACGUCAAGCAGAUGGCCAAGGUUGUCAAGGAGGGUCAAAAGUCAGUGGUUAUGCAUUAUUGCAUGGAGGGUGCUAGCAAGGCGUUGUGUGUUUAUUAUGGUGGCUUUAAUCUUGAAUAAUGAUGCUCACAUUGAUAUCCUUUUCUUUCUCUUCUUUUGCUCAUACUUCUGUCCCAUUCUAUUCUUCUAUCGGACAAUCUUCCCAACAUUGCUUGGGGUCCUCGGAUGCCGUUAAUUGUACAGUACCGUUCCCAGUAUCUAUGUCAUGCCCCAUUCUCUUUCCGAUUUCGCCAGUUUGCUGGCUUUGGCUAUGCUAAUGCAGUACCAUCUGUAUGCUACAUGCAUCUCGGAUCUCAUGUCCCCAGGCUAUGGGACAAUGUAUUCGUCCCCUGCAAACGCAGUCCCUCUUCCUCUGCUCCACU